AUGACAAUAUCAAGUUUAUGCGGAUUUAUUGGUAUUGAAUUAGAAAAUUCCAAUAAUAGAAUUUCGUGUAUUUAUCGAGGUUUUUUUAUUCAUGGAUUUCUUUGUAUUGUUUAUGAUUCUUAUGCUCUUCAAUCUAUCUUUCGAUUUUGUCGUGUUGUUUUUUAUCGACGAAAACUUUUUCAUAGUUUUAAACUUUAUUGUAUUCUGAUUCCAAUUGAUAUUAUAUUUGCUUUAAUGUCUAUAUCACCAGUAUUAUUUUUUCAUGAUGUUAUUUAUCUUUCAUCAGAAUAUUAUUGUCAAACACCAUUUACAAAUCUUGGUGCAAUGUUAUAUAUCGCUGCACGUCUUAGAAGAGCAGAAGAAGAUAAAAUAAUUGUUAUUCAUAGUAUUACAAUUUAUAUAUUUCUUUUAAUUUAUGUAUUAAUAUUAAUAUCAUUUAAUAUUCAAACAUUAUUAGGUGAUUUAUAUGAAUUAAAUUUUAAUUCAUUCUGGUGUAUAAUUAUGGGAUAUUGUUCUCCUCUUGUUCUUAGUACAUUGUAUUUUGGUUUUGUCAAUCAAGCUUUUUUUCGUCUUUGUCGAAUAAUCUAUUGGAGAAAUGAAUGGAUUGAAUCAUUUCAAUUUUAUAUAAUAAUUCCAUUUAUUGAAUUAAUCAUAUCUGCUCUUUUAUCAAGUCCAAUUCUAUUUUGGCAUGAUAUUAUUUAUUUACCCAAUGAUUAUUUUUGUUAUGUAUCAGUUUCAAAUACUCGUGGUAUCCUUUGGAUAUUUUUUGUUUCAUUUGGAAAUUGUAUUCUAAUCUUAUUAUUUAUUUAUAUAAGAAUAACAAUAUAUCUUCGUCAACAAUCAAAUAAUCAAAUAAUUCCAUUUCGACAAGGUCAACAACGAGAUUUAAUUGUUAUUCAACGUAUUUUUAUAAUUGUAGGUUUAUUAUCAAUUCUUGGAGUUCCAGCUGCAGUUUUUCUACUUAUAUUUUUUAUCAGUGGUCAAGUUCAUCCUCUUGUAUGGCGUAUUGAAUUAUUUUUUGUUGGUUUACAAAUGAUAGGAUUAUGUUUAUCUCAAAUAACACUUAUUCCACAAUUAAAACAAAUUAUUUUACAAAAAUUUCAACAUAAUCGAGUUAUACCUUUAAAUACUGUAGUAACUCGAUCAAUUCCUUUGAAACAAUAUAUAACUACUCGAUGA